AUGGAGAAAGAAAUAAUCAUCUCCAACUCCGAGUCGAACAAUUUCCACGAAAUGAAAGAGGCUUACGUCAAGCUUUUGGCAAACGACGUUCACGGCUUGAAGAAGAUUUACCACGAAAACCUUGAAGCGUUGUUCAGUCGAGUCACCGUGUGCAGGGACACUAUAUUUCACGUCGCGGCUUACCGAGGGAGCGAGGAGAUGCUCGAGAUGCUGGUUAAAUUGGUGCCGCCGGCGAGGAAACGCGAGCUGAUCAGGAUGAAGAACGUUUACGGAAACACCGUUCUGCACGAAGCGGCGACCACCGGUAAAAUCAGAGCGGCUGACUUGUUGAUCAGCGAGCUGUUGUUCUCCGUCGACGGAGAAAAUGAUGCGCGGGAAAGGGAGGAGAUACUGGCGGAUCGGAACAAGUUUGGGGAGACGCCGUUGUUCAGAGCGGCGGAGUAUGGGAACAAGAUGAUGGUGAUGUAUUUGGCUAGGGAGAUUGAACGAGUGGGGAAUCUUCAUAAGCAUUACACCAGAGACGAUGGAGUCUCCAUUCUUCAUAUUGCAGUCAUCGGCCAACACUUUGACACUGCAAUUUGGUCUGUGGAAAAGUAUCCACAGCUUGCAAAGUACAAAGACAACAAUGGGAAGACGGGUCUUCAUCUGCUGGCUGCCAUGACCACUGCUUUCAGGAGUAGUUUUUCCUAUGGAAUAUUCGAGCGAUUCGUCUAUCAUAGCGUUCCGGACGAACCAUGUUGCGGAGAUGAGAGCGACAAGCUCCCAAUAGUUCUGCAGAGCAGAGAUUUGGAGCAGGGUGAGCCAAGCAAAGCUCGCCAUCAAUCGGGCCACUCCAAGGGGUUCAAGCUGUACUGCCGGUUCUGGAGGUGCCUUGCCACAGGAUGGAAAAUAAUUGAUCGGAUGUGGAGUCAAAAGAAAAUGCAUUCAUCAGCUGUUGUACUCGCGAAUCUUUUGGUGCGAACCGAUUCGUCUUGGUUCGAGUCUCAUGAACCAGAAGAGGACGAUACGAUUUGCUUGGAGAGAAAGGAAGACAAAGAAGAAGAGGUGAAGAGAAGUGUGACCGCCGAACCUGAUACGCCGUUGUUUAUCGCGGCGAGCACCGGGAUCGUUGAAAUUGUGGAGGAGAUACUCAAGGAGUACCCUCAAGCAAUUGAGCACAUCAAUAAAAUGGGGCAGAACAUAUUGCAUGUCGUCACUUUACAUCGUACAUACAAAGUGUAUGAUGCGGUUAUGUGUCGUGAAGAGAAAAAUAGGUUGGUUCGAGGGAUCGAUAAUCAUGGCUGCACCAUAUUGCACCAUGCUGCUGACACCAAAUAUUAUCAUCAUGGUUCACCCAGACAUACCCCUGCUAUCAAAUUGCAACAGGAAUUCAAAUGGUUUGAGGAAGUGAGGACUCAUGUUCCGCCGCAUUUCGAUCUGCACCGAAACAAGGACAACAAGACAGCCGAUAAGUUGUUCAAGGAAACGCACUUGGAGCAACUUAAAACGGCGCAAGAGUGGGUGAAGAACACCUCUCAGUCAUGCUCUACGGUGGCCGUUCUAGUCACCGCCGUCGUGUUUGCAGCCGCGUACACAGCCCCGGGGGGCUUCCAGUCGGGCGACGGAAAGCCCGUCCUCCUGGAGAAACCACUCUACUCGUUCUUCACCGUCAUGGACGUGGCCGGGCUCGCGAGCUCCUUGACCUCGGUGGUGAUCUUCCUGUCGAUCCUCACCUCCUCACUGGAGUUCGAAGAUUUCCAAAACAAAGUCCCACGUAAUCUCUCGCUGGGAUUUACUUUCCUCUUCUUCUCCAUCACGACAACCAUGCUUACAUUCACGGCCACGAUUCUUCUGCUUGUUCAUUUGAAAAAAACUUGGACUGCGAUUUUAACAUACGUGGCAGCGUUCCUUCCCAGCGGCAUCUUCGCGUUGUUUCAGUUCCCUUUGUACUACGAGUACUCCAUUGCAGCUGCGAAGACCAUUUUUGAUUUCCUCAGGAAGAAUAUGCCUGGCAAUUGGGAGUUGACCAAGACUUCAAUCUCGAAAGCUAUGCAUUAA